GCAGCAGAGGCUUGCCCAUGUGUCGUUGCGCCACAUAGACGCUCUUUGUGGGCUGCUCUGCACCGGGAGGGACAGGUGGUGCAUGUGCGAACGCUGUGACCAGUAAAGGAGGGUACGGACACACGCCAACCCCUGAGACAGUUGUCUUGUGGAUGUCGGGAACAUUAUUUUUUUUUAUUAUUGUUUGCCAGAGACAGGUGCGACAGGAAUGGACACUUCCCAAAACCCAACACGGGAUCUGAUAACGCACUAGGUCGAGCUCGGAUACUUGGUACCAAGUCGGACCCAGACAAUUGAGUCACAUUGCUGUUGCCUCUUUUUUCCCUUCUCCCCCGGUAAUCAGAGGCGCUCCCGAUGACGUAGCGUUUCUUCCCACAGAAGCGAUUUCCACACAGAAACUCAGUCGGACUGCAGCUGUGCAGAUUCCAUAGUCGUGUUGCGAUGGCAGCAGAGGUCUCCCGCUCCAUCUUCCUGAUGUGUUGGUUCCUCCGAACUGCCAGCCUAGCGUUCCCAGAGGAACCUGGACCCCUGAACUUCAUCCCCACUGAAGUGGUGAGAAGAUACCCCGUGUUUCUGGGCCGACCGCACCGAACGUGGCUGAGGCAAGAGCCGCUGCACAUCCAGAGGAUCAUCCAGGUCAACCGGACGCUCUACAUCGGUGCCAGGGAUGAUCUUUUCCGUGUGGAGUUGGACAACAGUGCAGGAGACGAGAUGUUUUACAGCAAGAAAAGAACAUGGGAGUCGAACAAAAAUGACAUCAGGAUCUGCAGGAUGAAGGGCAAGCAUGAGGACGAAUGCCGCAACUUUAUCAAAGUGCUGCUCAGCAGACAGGGAGGCCUGUUUCUGUGCGGCACCAAUGCCUUCAACCCGCUCUGUGCCAACUACACCGGCGAUACUCUGGAGAUGAUAGGAGACCCGGUCAAUGGAAUGGCAAGGUGCCCUUAUGACCCCAAACACGCCAACGUUGCUCUGUUUGCCGAGGGGAAUCUGUUUACAGCCACGGUUACAGACUUCUUGGCCAUUGAUGCGGUGAUAUAUCGUAGCCUCGGGGACAGCCCCGCUCUGCGCACCAUCAAGCACGACUCCAAGUGGUUCAGAGAGCCGUACUUUGUGAGCGCCGUGGAGUGGGGACCUCACAUCUACUUCUUCUUCAGAGAGAUAGCCAUGGAGUUCAACUACUUGGAAAAGGUGGUGGUGUCGCGCGUUGCCCGCGUCUGCAAACGGGAUCAGGGCGGCUCGCAGCGUGUCCUGGAGAAGCAGUGGACGUCGUUCCUUAAGGCGCGGCUCAACUGCUCCAUACCUGGAGAUUCCCACUUCUAUUUCAACCUGCUGCACUCCACCAGCCCAGUCAUCAGGAUGCACGGCAGGGACAUCAUCCUCGGCGUGUUCUCCACACCGGCGAACAGCAUACCGGGUUCGGCUGUGUGCGCCUUUGACAUGGAGCAGCUGGCUGCCGUGUUUGAUGGAAGGUUUAAGGAGCAGAAAUCUCCAGAGUCUAUUUGGACGCCUGUUCCAGAUGAACUCAUCCCAAAGCCAAGACCUGGUGGCUGUGCUGUUCAAGGAUCCAAGUUUAAUUCCUCCAACUCGUUCCCGGAUGAGAUGCUGAACUUCGUCAAGACACACCCUCUGAUGGAUGAAGCCGUUCCAUCACUCGGACAAAGACCUUGGAUUGUCAGAACCAUGGUCAGGUACCAGCUGAAUAAGAUAGUGGUGGAUACAGAGGCUGGGCCGUAUAGAAACCGCACCGUCCUCUUCCUCGGGUCAAGCAGAGGAACCAUCCUCAAGUUUCUCAUCAUGCCAAACCAAGACAACACGGUGACCAGCAGCAACAUCUUUCUGGAGGAGCUGGAAGGAUUUAACCCUGACAAGUGUGCCGAGGACUCUACGCAAGCCAGGCAGCUGUUGUCCCUCACUCUGGACCGGGCGAGCCACACGCUGCUUCUCGCUUUUCCCUCCUGUGUGGUCAGAGUGCCGGUGGCCCGAUGCCAGCUCUACUCCCGCUGCAUGAAGAACUGCAUCGCCUCCAGGGACCCGUACUGUGGCUGGACCAGAGGAAGCACCUGCUCCUUCCUCAGACCUGGAACCAGACUGCCAUUCGAGCAAGAUGUUGAACACGGCAACGUGGCCCACUUGGGUGACUGCGACGGAAUGCUGUUUCAGGAGAGUUUCAUCGAUGAGCCCGACGGCCUGGUGUCGGUCAACCUGCUGGUGGUGUCCGCCGUUUCGGCCUUCUCCACUGGAGCCAUCCUCUCUGGUCUCACCGUCUGCUGGAUCAUGAGCCACCGCCACAGGAGCUCCCGCGGCUCCGGGGCCAAUGGCGCCCGACGCAAAAAUGACAAAGAGCAGAGCAUGCUGGGUCAGGGUCGCAGCGGGUCGGUGAUGAGCGUCACCAGAACCAGCGGAGGCGAGCGACGGCGCUCGCAGCCGGACGGCCUGUUCGUGAUGCCCAACGGUUGGCCCAAAGGGGAGAUGGAUCCGGGUUUGCUGCCAACCCCCGAGCAGACCCCGCUGCAGCAGAAACGAGUCAUGCGUCUCCCAGACUCCGACUGGGACCAGAGCCAGACCUUCCUUACCUCCGUGGGGAACCCCUGUCCCAACAACGCCGUCAUCUACCUGAGCUCCAAGUUUCUGCAUGGAGGCGGCGGAGGAGGGGGUUUGGUGCGGAUAGAGGAUCCCGGCGAGGUGGUGCUGCCCCCACACUCGGACCGCCAGCGUUACCUCAUCCUCGCUACGCAAAGAGGGGAGUACGGAGACGGCCGUCCCACCGGCAGCCUGAGGAACUCAGCAGGGGAGUACAUCUACCCUGCCACGCCACAAGAGUCUCCCGAUCGCCGUAGGGUGGUCUCCGCUCCCACCCCACACGCGGACUACGGAGAGCCUCGCUGGAGUCACGAGGCGCUCAACUACAACAGCAACAAUGGCAUGCCCUAUUACGCUCAGCGCCAGGGUCUUAUCAGGCCAGACAUGAAUGGCCCUCGAGGUCUGGGAGACCUGGCUGAAUUCAGCCACCUUCUGGGGAAGAACAUGGGAGAGCACGCCCCCAGUGGCCAAUGAGUUUGUUGCCGGGUUAGCGUCGGUGCUGAGCCCUCUAAAAAAAAAAAAAAAAACAUUCCUGCCAAAAGAAAACUGGAAAACAUCAACCCUUCAGACUCACUGUCCUGAUCCGACCUUAUCCUUUCUGUCCUCUCAUGUAAUGUUCUGACGUCUUUCGGCAAACUGUAGAGAGAGACGGAGAGAAAAGAGUAGAGAGAUGAGAAAAUUCUCAAACCACUGAGGGUUUCUCUGUUCAUAACCUGUGGUGUGCCACCCACAGUUCAUCGCUCUGGCGCAACGAGUCUAAGAGGAAGGUAAAAGAGAGGGGCCAAGAAGAAAGAGGAACCUUCUUAAAAGGACGAGUGAAGGUUUUAUUCCUAAUAAAAGACAAUAUUCCUUGCAGUGGCAAGUGUGAAAGGCCCCCUUUGACCAUUUUGUUCAUGGCUAAAUCGCCACCGGAUCUUCUUUUGGUGGAAUUUCUUUCUCUUGUUUGUUUUCUUGUGCCAGUGGCAUCCAGCAGACGACAAUGUGCUUUACUUAGGGUUUGAGAUGAGACUAAACUGUUGUAGCUCUGCCAGAGGGCGUCGACUUUGGAAAAAAAAAAAAAAAAAGACAGACAUCAUGCAUCAUGUAUGGGUGUGUGUUUGGCCCCAACAUGCCCAACCAGCGUCCUGUCUUAACUGUGAAGUAUGGCUAUAUAAUGAAUUUGGUGAUAACAUUGCUUAUACAGAAAUGAUUUUAUUGUGUGUAAUUUAAAUGUGUUUACCAAUCAGUAGUUUGAGUGGCUGCUCAGAGGCUGGUUAGGGCAGUGCAGAGCCAUGAUGGAGUAAGAGAAAGCAAUAAUUAGCUAUAUGAAUGGCAAUUACGAGAAAAAAAAGACCAUUUAAUUUAAGUAUUUUUGUAAAAAAAAAAAAAAAAAAAAAAAAAUCGUCUUUACAGUGAAGACAAAGACAGUUUCUGCCGCUCCACAUGCCCCCGGGUCGGCCUGACCCGACCUGAAACGAGGCCCUCCCUGGGCUCCGUUGUGCAUUCGAAAGAAGGGGAAUGUGAGCUCCGGCUGUCUGGCGAUCUGACCGAGAGCAGAGAGGCUCGGCCGCUUGGGAGCUCCAUUCAGUCUCCUCUGCCCGACACUGAGCCUCUUUGUGCCCCAGGCGCAGGAAGAAACUCCAGCCACAAAUAACAAUUAAGAGUCAGGGAUCUGACUUGCCACAGCAUAGCAGAAUAGCAAUGAGGAGGGCUUCGGCUUCAUCCAGUCGGGUUUGAGCAUCUCCGGCGGACUGCCAGUCGUGGUGAAUCGCUCGUUGGGCAGUGCCGGGAGGAGUCGGGGCCUGAAGCUGCGACACGGGUCAGUGUCAGGACACGGCUAACCAUCACAAUGGUCAGCCCUGGAGGCUUCGUCCCUUUUUUUUUUUUUCCCUCUCAGUGUGUCUCCAAACAAAAGCUGGAUAAAGAAAACGGAUGGUCAUGCAUACACUUGGGUGUGGAGUUUCUCUUUCACUCCGUUGUCUGAUCUUUUCAUGUUUUAUGUUUUUUUUUUGUCCACUUUCAUCCGUUCCUGAUUCAAAUGUAGAUACGCAAAGCUUUAAUCCAUCUGGGUCAGGGUUCAGUAAAAGGUUGUAUUUAGCUCUGUUUGUGUGUGUGUGCGUGUGUGUCAGUUGGUGUGUGGUGGAGUCUCUUAGGGCUUGUUUAUAUCACUGUGUUGCUCAUAUUGAGUGCAAGAAACGGCUUUGAUCAGUUUCGCUCUCACCCCGCCCUUCUUUAUUUUAAGCCCGGUCCGCCUCACAUUUACAAAUAGCUUCUAGUGUCAGGGCUUUGUGUGGGAACAGUGUGUGCUGCUUUAACAUAUAGGUGAAAAGCGUGAGAUUAAACCAAAAAUCUCACUGAAAUGGAAAAAAAAUAUAUAUUUUUCUUUACAUGAUGGAUGUGGUUAAUAUACAAAUUCAGACAUGUUUUAUGAUUUAGACCUCCGUUUAAAAGGUUCUGGCAAAGUUAUUGAGAUUUUGUUCUCCAAGAAAACUCAAUAAUGCACAAUGUGUUGCAAAAGUGUUCAUGCCCCCACCAAGCUUUUCCACAUCAUGUUACAUUGUUAUAACGGUAUUCAAUGUACUUAUCUGGGAUUUUAUUUCAUAGACCAAUAAACUGAACGACUGAAGUGGAAGAAGAUUGAUGCACGGGUUUUAAAAUGUUUUGCAAACACAGAUCUAAAAAGCAGGAAAAAAGACUAGAAUUAGAAGCACAUUGUGCUGCAGUCAGCUGCAGUGCCAGCUUCGCACGGGACAUUUUGUGCCAGUUCUUCUUUACAAAUAAGAUCAAACUCCAUCAGAUUGAGUGGAGAGAAAAUGUGAACAUCCCUCUUUAGGUCUCGCUACAGAAACUUGUUUAGUUUUAAGGUCUGGACAUUCUAACCCAUACAUGUUUUUUUUUUUUAUCUCUAAACCAUUCCAUAGUAGCUCUAGCUGCAUGUUUAUGGUUUCUGUCCUGCUGGCAGGUGAACCUCUGUCCCGGUAUUAUCUACCCCAGCCAGCAUUCCUGUCCCUGUUGAAGAAAAACAUUCCCACAGCAUAAUGCUGCCACCACCACGUUUCACUGUGGAGAAGUCAUAGCAGGUGGAUGUUCAGUAUUAGUUUUCCACCAAGCGUAGCAUGCUCGCUGUGUCCCCUUAUUUGACUUGUGGCAAACUAAAGGUGGAUAUUAAAUUACACACAGGUGGACUCCUGUUUCUCAAUUGUUUGCACUAGAUUUUAUUUUGGGGUAUCAGAAUGGAGGGUGGUGAAGACAAAUACAUUUGCUAUAAACAUGUUACAUCCAUAUAUCCCCUUUCCUUCCACUCCACGAACUGCUUUACAGUCUAGACAGUUUGUCUAUCACAUAAAACUCAAAAGAAAUACACAAAAAGUUGCCUUAAUAACAGGACGGGAUUUCAAAAGCUAUGAAAACUUUCUUGAAGCACAGUAAAGGACUAGUUGCCCUUCUAAUAUGCCACACAUCUGAACCAAAUUAAGAUACUCCACAAUAAAUUGGGAAACUUAGUGUUUCCAGUAACUGCUGUUUGGCAAUAAGAUGGAUUGUUGAACUGAGCAUGUGAACGCCAGACCCCAAGGCCGAGUUAGAGAAUGUUGAAAAAUAACUGCAUGACGUAACUUGUGAAGUCAGGGUGAAACCUUAAUCCAAAAAUUUUCUUAAUGCUAUGAAGGGAAGCCAGGGGACAGACGGCCAUGUGCCAGUUUGCCUCUUUGUCUUUUAGACCCAUGUGUCUGAAUUUUGUCCCAACCUCUUAUUUAACUCGUGUAAGCAAAACAUUUUUCUACCCAUGUAAUCACUAUUUGCCAUUAUAAUACCGGUCCAGGCCGGUCGACUCUUAUGAAUUAUGAGAGAUUUUGACCUCUGUUCAAAGUAAAAUAAUUAUAAGCAGAAUUGUGCUGGUAGAUAUUAUUCACUGUAGCUGCAUAACCCAUUUCUAAUAUCACGACUUGUCAAAACGGGUAUGAAACAUCCCGUGGCUGACAAAUUAUUGUAUUGUACCUUAAAAAGAUUACCAAUCAGUUGACCAAUAGUGCAAAAUUAAAAUUAAAAGUAAUUAACUUCCAGCGUGUUAUCUGAUACAUACAUAAAAUAAUAUUUCCACUAAACACACAUCUAUUGAUCUGCCGGAAUAUUCUCAGUUGGAGGUUAAUAACAUGUCUAAAAUGUUUUUAAUUAUACGCUUUGCAUGCUAAUCUUUAUUUUUGCACAAAAAGUACUGGAUUAACCUGUGGAACACAAAUCAUUUAUAAUUUCAAAUAUACUAAAAGUAUAGAGUACUUUCCUCCAGAAAGUACUCUAUUCUGGAGGAUGUUGAUAAAGCAAUUUCUUCCCUUUAGAGACCGUACCAAAAACACCUGGCAGGCAGGGCAGCAGCACCUGCCACGUCUCUUGACGCCCAGGUUGUUCAAAGCCUUUGUUUAGUCUCUGUAGAAACCGUCUGCUGCACUGGCCAACAGGUGGUGGCUCCCUCCACUACUUCUAUUACACCUUUCAGAUUUCAACUCAGAUGCAAACCAUAGCAUCAGGAUAACGGCUGUGGAGACAAUCAAAAACAAAAACAUGGCGGCCUCUUUCUCGCUGAUUUACAUCUUGCCUGUAUACUUGCGGUUCAAAGCAGACCUGCAGUUGUUUCCUGCAGGUCUGCUCUAAGCAAUUCUCCGUGCAUCUUCCCCCAUCUAUUAUUCUAAAUACAUGGAGGUUUAUCCUUAUCUGUGUCAGAAAAGCUCUGCAUCAUCGAAAAAUAAAGCACAUAUUUCAUAGUGCAAGAGGGGCCUAUUUGAAAAUGUGCACAGCCAUUCCCGAAACCCGCUGAGCAUGUGACAAAUCACAUGACGAAUAUGCAUGUGACAGCUCCUCAUAUAAAAAAAAAAAAACAGCUCUCUAAAACAGUUUCACUGACACUCUGAUGGUGCCUUAUGUUAGCCGAUCUGCUUAUCCAUUACAUUUACCAGCUUAACGUGCAGAAACUCGUGAUCAGGGCAAACAUAUCAUAGGUAAAAGGCAGGAAUAAUGUUACUAUUUUCAAACUCCACCAACAAAACUCUCCAGGCAAGAAAUUUGCACUCUUAAAAAUGUCAAACUGCAAAGUAAGUUGUGCGGCAUAGGGUAGGCUUACCUGCUUCUUGCAGUGAGAGGUUUGAAAAAUGUACCAAAAAAAAAUAUGUUUGCUGCAGGUUUGGACCUGGAAUCUUCUAGUUUUUCUGAGGUAAUUCUAACAUUCAUUUCACUACAGUGAAGCCUACUGAUUGGAAAUAUCCAUCCGUCGUCUUUAACCACUUGUCCACGCAGGGUCACGGGGCAGACUUGGGGCCUAUCUCCAGCGGCCAUUGGGCGAGAGGCGGUGUACACCCUGGACGUGUCGCCAGUCCACUAAAAGGCAACACGGACCGCACAGCACAAGCGACCACGCACGCACACACACAUAAGGGCAAUUUAGAGCGACCAAUUAACAUAACAGUCCUGUUUUUGAACUGUGGGAGGAUACCAGAGAGAACCCACGCAUGCACAGGGAGAACAUGCAAACUUCCUGCAAAUUUGGAAUUUGAACCCAGGACCUUCUUGCUGCAAGGCAACAGUACAGCUAGUGCAAAACGUGCUUUACCAUAAAGGAUGCUGAAUGAAUUAUCACCUCCACGUCUACAGGACAGCAACAAGAGUCUGCUGGGGGAGAAGUCCAAUUUUUACUUUAGGUGAAGCGUGAAGUGUGGUUCUUCCACCUGUCCUAACGCAAACCUCAAAAUGUACACUGGCAUGACUGGGUCGAAACAUUUUUUUCUUAGCCACACCAUCGAAUCUGUCAAGAAUCUACAAUUUCUUUUGAGAAAUUUAGACCAAAGGAGAGUGAAUUAAAUGACGCAAACGAAUUUCUGCUUUAGUUUAAAACAUAGCCUCGAUAAAGCCACAGCAAGCACCAGUGGUCAUAUAUUAGGCAAUGCAGUUAAAGAGAUCCAUAAAGGAGAGAGCAAGAGCAGGAGGUCAGACAGCCCGAUGUGAUGUUAAUACAUUACUCCCUCGCCACAUUAGCACAGUGUAUUCUUUACACAUUCGACCCUGAAACGGGUCAUUAGUGUCGAGGGCCGCUCCACUCCGAGAGCCCAGCCUCUCAUCCUGAUCCCGUGUCCCCAUUUCCGGCUCUUUACACGCGCGUGUUUGUAAAUGCGGCCGCUUUAUCUGGGCCCCGGCGUGCCCACCCAGCCGUGUCCUCGCUCCGCGUCUCUCCUGGUGUUUCGCUAAACAUGCUUGAUUAGGCUAAGUCCACGCCCGGCCUCUCUAAUGGCCUGACGUUCCCCCCUGAGAGGAUUGCUGCAGACGCGUCGUCCCUGAGAGGGAUUCACUCGUUCAGCCGGGCGCUUCCUGACCCUUUUACGGACCACCAGCCAUACACACAUGCACACGAGUACCCCGUUUGACAAAUUGGGGGGGGUGUAAUUGAAUUACAUCGGAAAUGGGGCCGGAGCCUGACAGAGGCCGGUUCAGAUAAAGGUAGGAGUACGUUGUGAUGUUAUCUUACCGACUGCACAAUUUGAUUACUUUAGGUCAGCAUUACAAGGCAGCUAAAGAAUUCAGGUAUAACCUCACAGAGUUAAGUCUGUUUAUUAAAGCCCUCAUCCUCCCUCAUCUCUCCAUACUUCACAUCCUUCCUCUUCCAACAGCUGCUCUCUUUUUUUAAAAAAAAACCCUUUGGCUGGAAAUACAGUUGUAAUAUAUCCUCUUUGUAAAAGCCAGGAUUUUCAUUGUGUUCUUCACUCUUAAAGGUCUGUAGGUUAACGAGUCGGAAACAGAAAUCAGAGAUACCCCCCACCACCACCACAGACACACACUAAUUCAUGUCAAAAUUUUAAAGACAAACACUCUCAUGUGGGAAAUUACCUUUCUUUGAUGUCACUGAUUUAGUUUGGAUUAUUAAUGUUUUUCUUUUUUGAAAAACACACAGUAUUCUGCGUAAGUAUUCGUGCCCUUUGGACAUUUUGCCAUGUUCUACAUCACAAAGUAGUGCAUAAUUACAAAUGGAUUGUUAAGGAUAUGUCAUUUUUUUAAAAAACACUUAGAAACAAAUGUCUGGAAAGUAAAGUGUGGAUUUGCAUUCUUUCCCCUUCAGUCAGUACUUUGUAGGAUCCCCUCUUGAAUAGCAUUCCUGCCAGGUCUAUGAAUCUAGAAAAAGUUAUUUUCUGCCCAUUAUUUGUGGCAAAUUAGCUUAAAAACGGUGAGAUUGGUUGGAGAGCAGCUGUUCUCCAAGUCUUGACACAGAUUCGCUGUUAGAUUUAAGCCUGGACUUUGAGUGGGUCGUUCUAGCACAUGGAUAUGCUUAGAUCAUAUUCCACUUCAAGUUUUUCUGCGUGUUGUGGGUUGAUCUAAUACUGAAAGGUGAACUUCAACCACAAGUUCCUGCCUUUUUAAUCCUCUUGAAAAUGUUCACUGCAUUCAGCUCCGCUUGAACUUUUUCUCCCAUCAGAGUGGCUUGAAUGUGGGCUAAAACUUUAAAUUUUGGACUUAUUUGCCCAGAGCAUCUGUGCCCCCUGCAAGACUUUCUCGUGGCUUAGUUUCAACAAUGGCUUUUGUGCCGGAUUUGGUUGAGAUCAUACUGUUUGUUCCCUAUUUUCAACAUUUUCAACCAAUUCUCUGAGGCGUUCACAGCACAGAUGCAUCUUUCACUGAGAUUAAAUAACCCUAUUUACUAGAUUGUGACUUCUGAAGACUACUGAAAUUCAUUUAGGGGUAUUAGAGUGAAGGGGACAGGGGGACUGAUUGCAAAUGGACGCCACUCCUUUCAGACGUUUUCUUUAAAUGAGCUUGUAUCAUGUCCCUUCCACUUCACCGUUAUGCACCAUUGUGUUUUUCCUAUCACAUAAAACUCCAGGUUUGUGGUUAAAAAUGUGGGAAAUUGUGGAAAUAAAACAUCCCAAUGAAUGUGAAUACUUUUGCAAAUCACAACAAAGGCGUCUUUGUUUUACUCCUGCACAAAGCCCCCAUCUACUCUCUGUGUUUGUGUUCAACAUCUCGUGUCUUUGCUCUUGUCGAACACACCACGCCUCAGUGUGGGUUGGGGUUGGUGUUUUUAUUCAGCGCGUGGCCCUGCGGCGUGGGCCCCCAGCCGACAACGGCCGUCUUGCCCCCUCUGCGUGUUUUCGCGAUGCUCUUAAAAGAGUUCAGAGACGGGGACCGAAGGGAAGAGAGACGUGCCAUCAAGCUGCUCCCAUCCAAGCCAAUGUGUGAGAGGAACGAGCACAAAAGCAAGAUUCCAGUCGACGUUUGGAUUUUUGUAAACUUGUAGAUGUAUUUAGUCGGCACUGAUCAUUCGUUUGCUUUCCUUUUUUUUUUUACUCUGGUUUGUUUCUGUGGUAGAUAUUUGGUUUAAAACUUAUAUGGGAUGUUAAUGUAUAUGAUUUCAGUUUCAAUUCGUUGGUGUGCCGAAUUUUUUUCAAUGAUGACAAUGAAGCUGACCCUGAUGACUAUCAUUAUUAUUGUUAUUAUUAUUAUUAUUAUUAUUAUUAUUAUUAUUAUUAUUAUUCUAAUGAAGCAGUACUGUGAGCACCGAAGUGUUGUGUCCUGUUUGAAAGCUGAAUUACAAGAACAAAGCAAGUAAAAUAACUUUCAAAGACUAAUGAGGAGUCUCCUGCUACUGUGAAGGAUCCCUGUCAUCCUGUAGCCCCCACCAGGGGCUAAGCCCCCCCUCCCAGUCAGCCAACAGAAGUGUGGGGGGGGGGGGGGGGGGGGCUCGAGGCCAGUGGGGGGGCUUGGGUAUGGCUGUCAUCAGAUGGCAACACAUGUCCCUGCUAUGUGUACAUAACCUAAAUGCUUACAUGUAAUUUCAGUGCAGUAGCUGCAUGACAACACAGCCUCCGUGUGUGCGUGUACUGAAGUAGCGAUGUGUGAAUUUGUACCGUACAUGCGGCUGUGUGCGCUUGUGUCCGCAAACGAAAUGUGUCUCCUGUCACACCAAACAACCACACCAACACAUGCAUGCACCCUCCGACAGCUGCACAGCACACACGCAGACACACGCAGACUGGUCCAACUCCCGCGGUUGUCCACCAUCCUCCACAAUGUCCCGAGCUCGGCCUGUCCCUCCGCAUGGAGACUUUGCUCUAUGUUAUUUUUCGUAUUCUAAUAAACCACUCAGACGUUCUUGUCUGAGCUGUGAUCAUC